CUUCUAACUUCUAACUUCUCAUUCAUCCAAACAAAAAAAAAAACCUUCAAACUUCUAAGGAAAAGAUCGAACCCACUCACCAUAAUAAUUGUUCAAGCUAAUUAAGUGAAAAGAUUACCAUAAAUUGUGUUUUAAUCAGGACAAAUGGCUGAGCUCUCUUUGUUGUGCAAUAACUUGACUCCUCCAGCACUGCCACCACCACUUCUGCAUCCUCAGUUCAGUCCAAGAAUACCGAUAGGUGGCAUGGAGCAAACACGGAGAACAACAACAGCUUGUGCUGCAAAAUCUGGAGGAUUUUCGCUUGGUUCGAUUUUGGAAAGUUGUCAAAAAUGUAGAGGAAAAGGUGCUAUAGAAUGUCCAGGAUGCAAGGGCACAGGAAGAAAUAAAAAGAAUGGAAAUAUUUUUGAGCGGUGGAAAUGUUUUGAUUGCCAAGGAUUUGGGCUAAAGAGUUGCCCCAGCUGUGGGAAGGGUGGGCUGACACCAGAGCAAAGAGGAGAGAGAUAAUAGUGCUCAAAGUCAUAAACUUUGUAAUUAUAUAUUUUAAAUGAUGAACAGAGUCUCAGACUUCUUGUAUACUGGAAUUUUUUAGCACAUUGUAAUUUUAUAUUCUACUUAAUAAUUAAAACUCGAUCUGUUUAUGUUU